AUGGGCAGCAGUGUCUCAUCAAACCCAAAAACUCUACUAGACUCAAUCGACUCAGGCCAAGAGCUAGACACCCAAACACUAGUCCGAUUCGGCGCACAAAUAAACGCCUUAAACAAAGAAGGCUACUCUCCGUUACGUGUAUCUCUAGAACAUGGCCGAGUAUCAAUGUUUAAAGCGCUUUAUAAGGCAAAAGCAUUAAUUAUCCCAGAACUUUCUCAGCGAAAAACGCCUCUUCACAGAGCAGUUGAACUCGGCCAUUAUAAAUUAGCUUGGAUGCUCCUUCGCGAGCAUUCUUUAUUUGGAAACUUUAAAAAUCAGCAAGAUGCCUAUGGUAACACCCCACUCCACGUAGCAGUUUUGAAAGGAAAUUCAGAUAUGGUGGCUCUUCUGCUAAAAUACAACGCAAGCAGAGACGUUUUGAACUCGUCAGGGAAAACUCCUCACGAGCUGGCACUGGAAAGCAGAAGUCAAAUGGCUGACGAAAUAAUUGAGCAGUUUACCUUAGAAGACUGUAUUUCAAAAGGAAAUCGGACCCCUAUAUUAGAUGAAAACCAGCCUAAUAGAGAGCAGAGGUCGACACAAGGGUCGAAAUCGACGCUAAAAGUAGAAGAAAGCAUUGAGGAGCCGAUUACGCUACUAGAGCAAGCCUUAGCGGACAGCAGACUGACAAUUAUUAAAGGUGAAGAGCUCGAAUUUCAAGAUGUCUUGAACAGAGGCUCAAGCUGUAUAGUAUUCAAAGGCAAAUGGAGAGGCAGUGAAGUCGCCAUAAAACAGUUUAAACUCGAGUACAGCACUUCUGAAAAGGAUUUACAGAAAUACAUUAAAGAAAUGCAGGUUUUGUCACAGAUCAGGCAUCCUAAUGUGUUACUGAUCAUGGGAAUUUGUAUAGACCAGCCUAAUUUGUGCUUAAUCACUGAGUAUGUCCCUAACUCGUCCCUUUUCUAUGCAAUUCAUAAAAACAAGGCAAGAAUCCUGACGCUGUCAGAAAGAUUUAAUAUAGGGAUACAAAUUUGUAAGGCUUUGGCUUACCUGCACACAAAUGACCCUCCAAUUAUUCAUAGGGAUCUGAAGCCUGAAAACUGCUUGCUUGACCAUGCCAUGAAUGUAAAACUCGCUGAUUUUGGGCUGGCGAGGCCAGUUUCGUCAUUUUCUGCUGAAGAGUCUCAGUCAAUGACUACAAUUUGUAUUGGUACCACACGAUUUAUGGCUCCAGAGCUCUUUGACAAAGAUAAAGUCGACUCAAUUGGCGUAGAAGUUGACAUAUGAGCCCUAGGCUGUCUUCUCAUAGAGCUUUUCAGCAACAAAAGACCUUGGCACUACAUAUCAAGCUCAAAAGCCAGCAACAUUUUCUACGAAAUUUUCAAUAAAAAGCCAAUCCCCAUCCCUGAUACCAUAACUCCCGAAGUCAGCCUCAUAAUCCAAGAAUGCUGCAGGUACAACCCUCGCAGACGGCCACGCAUAACUGACGUCCUUGACCGACUUGAAAGAGCUAAAAGCACGUAUAUUCUUACUCCCCCCCCCCCUCCGUGAGCGAACAAAAAAAUUUUGUUCGCUCACGGAGGGGGUUAAUUUUUUUUUUUUAAAAACAUUUAUAUAUAAAUUUUAUAAAAAAAUUUUUUUCGAAAUUUAAAAAAAAUCCUAAUUUGCAAAAAUUGGGAAGCAAAUAUUAAUUUAAUUUGCAAAAUUUAUGUUUUAAAACGCAAUUUGUUUAAAAUUAAACAGAAUUAGCUCUAGAUUUCAUUAUACUAAUUAUCACUUAUAUAUCAAAAUUUUUUUCCAUUUAAAAUUUUUUCUUAAAAAAAAAAUUUUUGUUCACUCACGGAGGGUGGGUUUUUGGUCAAAAAAUGGCGAUUUUUCUAAUGGUUUUGUUCGCUCACGGAGGGGGGGGGGGAGUUAGUUAA